GACCGUGAAAAGGGCCCCCGAAUUCUGAGGGGCCAGAAUAUUUACCGGAGCUCCGGAUCGGCAUAGGUGCGACUGUUGUGGCAUGUCCGGUGACAAAAGUAAGUGGAGGUUCCGACCUCGGACCAGUUGAAGCCGCACACCCACGGGGGCAGGAUGGGUGGCCGCUACCUUCCCUCGACUAGAGUCGCACGACUGAGCCUGCUCUUGGUCGUGUUCAUUCUCCAUUGUCAGCCUGGGUCAGGUAAGGCGUUGGGUGACUGGUGGAACGACUUCUUCAAUCACGACACAGACAGCGAGGAGUACGGCGAUUACGACACAGACAGCGAGGAGUACGGCGAUUACGACACAGACAGCGAGGAGUACGACUAUUACGACCAGGACGACCAACAGGAGGACGAUGAUGCACCAGACGAUGACGAAGAUGAGUCGCCGAAGGAAGCCCCGUUUCGUAUCAUAACAAUCCCUAUCUCCUGCCCACGUGGCAAGGAACAGUGCGGUGAACGCUGCUGCAAUAAAGCCAAGCCGGAGAGGCUGCUAACGCCGUGGUGGUAUUUUUAGAUGAUGAUGACAUAGAUUGAUAUAUACUCUGAGUGUCGGUACAUGCAGGUCAAAGAGGGCUGCCGCAUGAUAAAUGCAAAGACGAUGAACCAAAAACGGAUGGAGCUAUAGGCACGCAUUCGUCGUGGCUGUUUAUGAAUCGCAGUGACAACUGAAUCUUGUCAUACAAAUAUACAUAGGCUCCUCGAUUGCUAAUGGUGUGGUGUUGUUACUUGGUGUAUAAUGUAUAAUGUACAUUGUACAUACCACCUGUAUAUAAUAUAUACCUUUCGGUCCGCAACAGAA